GUUGCAUGCAACCCUUUUCCAGUUCACGCCCAAUUAAAUCUUUCCAAUGAACCGAUCCAGAUUUGUUCAACUUUCACAGAAUCAUGACUAAUCGAGUUGCACAAAGAUGGAGUCAAUUAGUUUUUUGGAUGAGAAAUGCUCGCGAAGCUUCCAGAUCAGAAUCGCGACCGGGCCAAGUUUCAGGCGGUACCAUCCCUCUUUUUAAAAACAUGGACAAACAAUGCAAACCAUUUACAGUAGUGGUGGAAGGAAACAUUGGAAGUGGCAAGACUACACUUCUCAAUUAUUUUAGCAAGUUCACUGAUGUGGAGGUACUGCAAGAGCCUGUUGAAAAAUGGAGAGAUGUACAAGGACACAAUCUCUUGGGAUUACUUUAUGACGAUCCAUCUCGUUGGUGUCUCACUUUUCAGACUCACGUUCAACUAACUAUGCUUGAUCACCACACCAAAGAAACAUCAUCAAAGGUAAAGUUGAUGGAAAGAUCUAUAUACAGUGGACGCUAUUGCUUUGUGGAAAAUUUGCAUCAAAGCAAAUUGAUGGAACCUGCUGAGUAUUCUGUCAUUUCUGAAUGGUUUAAAUGGAUAACCACAAACAUUGAUGUUGGAGUUGAUCUCAUUGUGUAUCUAAGAACGGAUCCUGAAGUUGUUCACAAAAGAAUUCUACAACGUGCACGUAAAGAAGAAAAAACUGUUCCGUUAAGUUACAUCGUAGACCUGCAUGAAAUCCACGAAAAAUGGCUUCACGACAAAAUUUCUCAUCCUGUUCCUGCACCGGUCUUGGAGAUAGAUGCAAACGUCGACUUAGCUGAAAUGCUAGAACAAGUGACUUUAGUCGAAAAUCAAAUUUUAAACAGGAAAAGGGAACGUGUACAUUCGUCAACUGUUAUUUCACCGUCUAAGAUUGUGUCUCCUGCUUAAUCAAUCCGACUAAAUGACGGGUUGAUUAUGAAUUUCAGCAACAUUUGUGCUGUAGCCAUAGUCCUCUGUUGUUAUUUUUCAUCCAAGUCAGUUUUUUCUUAACUAAUAAACGCAAAUUUAUUAUAAUUAGGUAUUUC